GAUGGGGUCAGGUGACAGCGGCACUAGGAGGGAGAGACAGGACACAGAGGGGCAGAGACAGGCAGAGAGAUGCCAAGACUCAACAGGAACACAGGAAGACACACAGCAAGGCAGAAUCAGUGAGGCAGAGGGAAAGACUGAGACAGGGAAGGACAGAGGGAGACGGAGACAGAGAACUUGAAGGCAAGGCCUGCAGCCAACUCACUCAGUUCCCGGGAGGAGAGGUGAGAGGAGGGUACAGGUCAGGUGAGAGCCGACAGGGCUAGGGAUGAAACAGGGGUGUCCGCACAUCGGCAUCAUGAGAACCAAGAGCAGCUAUCCAAGGUGCAGGCUUGGGCCCCACCCAUACAUGGGAGGACGUCCCAGUUGGAGCAGCUGUUCCAGGGCCUCCUGCAGAGCCAGGUCACCUGGGGCCCUUGCACCACCUCCUGGACAGCAGGUGGGAGGGAGAUCGAAGGUCAGGGGUGGAGGUGGCGGCAUCUGCAGAGCAGUCAAGAUGGGGAGACACUAAUCACAGUCAGGAGGGCCUUGAACCCCAAGCUCAGAGGCUGUGAAAGGCCAGGCCAACUGGAGCAGAGAGGUGUGAUUUAGGAACUGUGUUAGGGGGGGACCUGGGCCAGGCAUAGGCAGCCCCACAGGAAAGUGGAAUGACAUGGAGAGAGGGAAGGGUUGCAGACUCCCAGGAGCCUAUCCAAAGCCUUCCUGGUUGCUGUUGAGCACUUCGGCCUCCUUGCUUUUGCCGGGCAGCUCCCCCACCUGACUGUCCCUGGCCCACUUCACACUCAUGGGGACACUGAGCUCGAGUUGUGCUCACCACUGUUCCCAGGGCCACCUCUUCCUAAAGCCUCCAGGCAGGCACAUGUACCCCUCCAGCUUCUGCUUGGCCUAGAGGCCCACAGGAACUCUCUGGGGCCCAACUGAGUCAAGUCAUAGUUUUGACCCAGACCAGAAAACACGACUGGCUCCCUGGUCUCUGCCUUACCACACCCAGAAUUUGCCUGUGCUCUGAGAGAAGCACACAGCUGUCAGGCACUUCCAGUCCAGCUCGGAGUCGGUGACCAACGGGCUGUGCCUGCUGCUGGUCGGGCUCACCAUCAAGCUCUAUUCCUCUUUCGACUUCAACUGCCCCUGCCUGGCGCACUACAACACUCUCUACGGCCUGGGCCUGCUGCUUAUGCCUCCGCUCGCCCUCUUCCUCUGUGGCCUCCUGGUCAACCGGCAGUCCGUGGUGAUGGUGGAAGAGUGGCUCCGGCCAGUGGGGCAUCGCAGGAAGGACGCAGGCAUCAUCAGGUUCAUGUGCUCCUCCGUGCUGCAGAGAGCGCUGGCUGCGCCCCUGGUCUGGAUCCUGCUGGCCCUCCUGGAUGGCAAGUGCUUGGUGUGCGCCUUCAGCAACUCUGUGGACCCCGAGAAGUUUCUAGACUUGGCCAACAUGACGCCCAGCCAGGUGCAGCUGUUCCUGGCCAAGGUUCCUUGCAAGGAGGAUGAGCUGGUCAGGGAUAGCCCUGCCCGGAAGGCUGUGUCUCGUUACCUGCGGUGCCUGUCCCAGGCCAUCGGCUGGAGCUUCACCCUGCUGCUGAUCGUGGCCGCCUUCCUGGCCCGCUGCCUGAGGCCCUGCUUCGACCAGACAGUCUUCCUGCAGCGCAGGUAUUGGAGCAACUACGUGGACCUGGAGCAGAAGCUCUUCGACGAGACCUGCUGCGAGCAUGCGCGGGACUUCGCACACCGCUGCGUGCUGCACUUCUUCGCCAGCAUGCGGGGUGAGCUGCAGGCCUGGGGGCUGCGCCGAGACCCCGUGAGUCUGUGUCCUGAGCCUGCUGAGCCCCCUGAGCCCCCAGAGGACCCAGAGGAUCCAGAUGGCAGGUGCAGGAAGACCCACCUGCGUGCAGUCUGCAGCCGGGAACAGGUGGACAGCCUCCUGAGCAGCUGGUACUGCAGCAAGCCACCACUGGAUCUCACGGUCUCCCCUGGCCUUUGGGGGGCAGGCCUUAGCCAUCGCACCCCUGUGGUGACCUCAGGGACUGAGCUCUUCCAGCACACAGAUGUGUAGGCCCCCUGCUGGGCUGGACAUGGGCAGUGCCUGGUGUUCAGUGGAACCCUGCCAGUAGCCUGCCUUGCUGGCCUGCUUCCCAAAGAGCCUGGUCUCUGUCUAGUUUCUACUUGUGGCUUCCUGGGUGCUCCACAGUCUUGGGUGCACACAGUUCCCCUGGGGCUCUCAUCGAGUUUGGUUUGACUCAGAGCAUGCGGGUUUGGGCCCUACACCCUCACCUCUAACCCUGGGUAGUAAGGAUGCUUCUGGUCAGCAGACCAAACUUUAAAGUAGAAGAGACUACAUAGAUCUGUUGUGGUUUCUGGGUCCUAAAUGAUUCUAAAUAAUAAAGGCAGUCAUAAGAGCAGAA